AUGGCGGAUAAGUCCGAAAAUCCAAUGCGCCAAAUCCGUGUGGAGAAACUGGUCUUGAACAUCAGUGUCGGCGAGAGUGGAGAUCGUCUCACGCGAGCUGCGAAGGUGCUCGAGCAAUUGACAGAGCAGCAGCCAGUGUUUUCCAAGGCUCGUAUGACCAUCAGGCAGUGGAGCGUCCGCCGGAAUGAGAAGAUCGCUUGCCACGUGACCGUGCGUGGUGAGAAAGCGGAGGAGAUUCUUGAGAAGGGCUUGAAAGUGAAAGAGUACGAGCUUCGCAAGAAGAAUUUCGCUGGGAAUGGCAGCUUCGGGUUUGGCAUCACGGAGCACAUCGACCUGGGCAUUAAGUACGACCCUGGUACCGGCAUCUACGGCAUGGACUUCUACGUUCAUCUCUCCCGGCCCGGCGGCCGCGUGCAGUACCGAAAGUUGCGACGCGGGCUGCGUGCGGCAAUCACCGCUGCCAAGCGAGCAGAAGUGUUGGAAUCGGAACUUGCAGGCGAAUUCACCGGGCAGGCAGCUGUGACUGCAAAAGACGUGGAGCUUCUGAGGAGAUGCAUCGAGGAUGGGAAGCAAGCCGGUCUGAACCGGCAGGAGGUGGCCCGGGCACAAAAGCAUCUCCAGAAGCUUGGACAGUCAAGCGUUGGGCGCGAACUUGCCGAGGCGCUGCAGACAGGUGACGCUGUGCGUUUGCGGGCCGCCGCCCGGGCGGCCACAGCUACAGCCUCAUUCGCCAGCUCACGGCUCGUCGUGUCCGCUUGGGUGGGCCGAAGCAAGGAUGCCGGCAUGACUGGUGGAGUCCGCAUGGCAUCGGCUUCGAGAGUUGGAGUCUCACAGCUGGCUGAGGCGGCCAUCAAGCAAGCAGAACUCGGAGGUCUUGGCCCGCCAGAGCUUUCCGCGGCCAAGCGGCAUCUGGACGCCCUGAACGCUCGUCUUCACGCGCGCCAGGUCGCUGCUUGGCGCUCGGUCGUUUCACCAGUGGCAGGAAUUGAAAAGUCUCUCCCUGAGACAGGCUGGUCUGUGGAACGCGACUUCAUGGCCAUUCCGAUGCAGCCGGCCAAGCAGCGGAGUGAAGUGCUAGUCUGUGCGGGGCGUCUGCAAGACUACAACACUUGGCACGACCAGUGCCAGUCCUGGCAAUUUCCUAGCGCCGCAGAGGCCUUCUUUGCAACCAUGGGCGGAUGUUGCUGCAAGGGUCUGUCUAGAUCUACGGCCUUGCAACCUGAGCAACCCUUCGACCACAAGGUGUAUUAUGAGAGCUUCACACGACAGGACAGGGUCAAGGUCUGGGAAUCUGUUUUAAAGGAAGGAGGGCAAGAGAUCAUGCGCUUCAACGAGGUUGAGGACGUCCGGGUGUAUAACACUGGGUCGGCUGACUACACCAGAGUUGGCGUCUUGGUUCUUACCGAGCUGUAUUUGUGGUGGCAUGCUCCUCCUACCUCCCCAAGCCCCGGAGCAGGGCAGCCAAAGACCUCCAAGCGCGCAAGGCGGCUGGCUGGGAGUGCCAUCGUAAUUGGCUAUGGCAUGAUAGAGGAGGUGGGCAUCGUUUGUUUUGAUGCUGGUGGAUGUGCCGUCCGCAUCGUGGCCAGAGAGGCUUACGGCGAUCAGUUCGAGAUGAUUCUCCAGGUCCUGCAGCCAGCGGAGACGGUUCCGGCGUUCACCACAGCCAUUCCGGAGGAAUCGGGCCCGGAGGGAAGCGAAGCAUGGCAUCAGACACUGGCGAGUUUCCUGGACAAAGCGUUGAAGGCUUACAACUGGGCACAUUACUUUCUGCACUGCGCCCUCCGCCAGCGAGACUUGUUCGCCCACAAGGGAGUGAGCCAGCCCGAGCUGAAUCUCCUCCCAAAUGAAGAGGUCGCAGAGACCUACCACGGAAUCUUGAACUUCGGGGCCUCCCAAGAGGACCUUGUUGGUCACUUGAUCGUCACCAACAUUCGAGUGAUCUGGGCCCUCGAUCGAGACCGAAUGACGUACAACGUCAGCGUGCCGCACAGGGCACACGUCCCUUCAUUGACGGACACGCAGACGUUCGGGCUUUGCUUGGUGCUUCACAUCACACAGCCCUUCCUGAACAAUCCCGACCACUUCGGCGGUAUGCGCCUGGGCUUCGGCGCCGCUGAGAUGAAGGGCGAAGAGCGCCGGAGGCGACUGGAGAAGAUCCUGGCCCACAUCGUGGAGAUGCAAGGUAAGUACAUGCCGGAUCCGCGGUAUGGUGUUGCCGACUACAUGCGAAAUCGUCGCCAGUACCAGGUGGAGUCCAAUGUACGACUGCUUCAUGCGCUCAGCCAUCUUGAUACGCUCAGUGAGAACACAAGGCCAGACAGCAUUGAGGCGAGCCUCCAAGGCGAAGUCAGUGAGUGUGUCAUCUGCCUGGAGCAGGUUUGCAGUGGGUCCCGCCUUGCUUACCUGCUUGCAGCCGGCAAGCUGGGCUGGGCGUGCCGACACAUCUUCCACUUAGAGUGUGCGCAACAGUUGGCGUCGCGCAAGUGUCCAGUCUGCCGGGCAUGCUUCAGUGAGGUGCGGGAGAUGCCCGACAUACGUCACAAUCCUGGUGCCUGGUUUGAUGCUAUGGAUAUUGACCGCACUGGAGAUCUGGACAUCGAAGAGGUGCUCGGGGCACUGUCCGUCGUGCUUCCCAUCGACCGCGAAAAGCUGGAGACUCUUCUCAAACCGGACGACAACCACUUGCCGCAGGAUGAAGCAUCAAAGUGCAAGGGAGUGAACGAUGCAGUCGCACAAGAAAGUGAGAACACUCAACCCACUGUCUUGGAUGACGAGAUGAUUCAAAUCAGUGAUUCUCCCCUUCCAGCUGCCGAGAUGCAGUCGUCCGAGCUCUGGCGCCAGUGGGACAAAGAAGGUACCGGCCGAAUCACCCGAAAGGCCUUCGAGGAUCCAGACGGUGGACUCUUGGUCUGGAUUCUCGCUCGUCUGAAGCUCGUCCACCGUGGUCAGAGACCUCAACCUUGCCUGGCAGCGGCCGCGAGCUCUGAGGCGCUUGGCCGGUGGUUCGACUUCUGGGACUGGAGUCAGGUGGGCUUUCUGACCCGCGGGCAGAUCACGCGCGCGGUAGCAAAAGAGUUCGAAGGCCGCCUGGCCGACAUGAGAUGUCUGGACUUGGUGCAAGAGGUGUGGAGGUCAAUUACCGAGGAGGCGAUGUCAAAGCCAGUGACUCCUCGCUCAACAGUUCCGACACCAUCUCAUGUUCCAGACGAAGAACCAGGUAGUCCUACUUCAGGACACAAAAGCCAGGAUCAUCUUGUUCUGGCCUAUCCCGAUCCCUGGAAUUUGCGAGAAGGCAUCUGCUCUCGCGGUGAUUUCUUGGAGUCAGGCCUUGGCUCUGCGCUGCGACUGAAGCUCCUGGAUGUCACGGCACAGAGGUCAGCUGCAGGUCGCCAUCGGCAGAUGUCGAAGGAGAUGCACAAGAUGUUCAGCUUCGAGGAAGCCUUGGGAGCAGGAGGAGCUGGUAUGGCCGGUAUGGCCAAACAGCAGUUUUUCCUUGGCUUGACAGAUUGUGCCUGCAACAACAAGCGUAUGCCUGGUGAGCCCGAGCCGCGCACGGUUCGUCUUUCACAGAGCGCUCUCUCCAUUGAGGGCUCGUCGUGCAACAUGUGUGUUGCUUGA